GCAGCCAAAAUGAAGUUGAAGCAUAACAUCAACCCUGUUCUUCUGCAGUUUAUAAACUUCAUAGUCCUGCUGUACUCCCUUGUAACAUACAUUCCAUGGUACAUUCUUUCAGGAUCAAAGCAAGCUAUAGCAAAAGCCAAGCAGGUUAAAGCCAGACCUGUGAAUAACAAGCCUGGGGGUGCAUACAGAUCUGUUAACAGUCUGCACUGCUUAGCUUCAGUUUUAUAUCCUGGGUGUGAUACACUCGACAAAGUUUUUAAAUACGCUAAAACUAAAUAUAAGGACAAAAAACUCUUGGGAACACGUGAAAUACUGAAAGAGGAAGAUGAAAUCCAGCCAUCAGGAAAAGUUUUUAAAAAGGUCAUCCUUGGCAAGUACACCUGGCUUUCUUACGAAGAUGUAUAUAUUAAAGCUGUUAAUUUUGGAAAUGGCUUAGCAGUCUUGGGUCAGCAGCCAAAGACUAACAUUGCUAUCUUCUGUGAGACCAGAGCUGAGUGGAUGAUUGCAGCCCAGGCCUGCUUUAUGUGCAACUACCAGCUUGUUACUCUCUAUGCCACGCUGGGAGGCCCAGCAAUAGUUCAUGGGCUGAAUGAAACAGAGGUGACCACCAUCAUUACUAGUAAAGAAUUGAUGCAAACAAAAUUGAAGGAAAUUGUUUCUCAAGUUCCACUACUGCGACAUAUAAUUACAGUGGAUGGCAAACCUACAACGUGGUCAGAGUUCCCCAAGGGUGUCAUUGUUCACACGAUGGCAUCUGUGCAAGCCAUGGGGGCCAAGGCAGACACUGGAAACAAGCAGCCAUGCAGGCCUGUGCCCUCGGAUAUUGCAGUGAUCAUGUACACAAGUGGAUCCACAGGAAUUCCCAAAGGAGUUAUGAUCUCCCAUUGCAACAUAAUUGCUGGGAUAACUGGAAUGGCUGAGAGGAUCCCAAAUCUGGGGGAAAAAGACAUUUAUAUUGGGUACCUGCCCCUUGCCCAUGUUCUGGAGCUGAGUGCUGAGCUUGUGUGUCUGUCUCAUGGGUGCCGCAUCGGUUACUCUUCCCCUCAGACACUGGCUGACCAGUCUUCUAAAAUAAAGAAAGGAAGCAAAGGGGAUGUUACUACACUUAAGCCAACUCUAAUGGCAGCUGUUCCGGAAAUCAUGGAUCGAAUCUACAAAAAUGUCAUGAAUAAAGUGAAUGAAAUGACCAGUUUCCAGCGGAAUCUAUUUAUAUUGGCCUACAAUUACAAAAUGGAACAGAUUUCCAAAGGUUACAGUACCCCACUCUGCGACAGCCUUAUCUUCCGCAAGGUGCGGAUGCUGCUGGGAGGGAAGAUCCGUGUCCUGCUGUGCGGCGGCGCGCCGCUGUCGGCGGCCACGCAGCGCUUCAUGAACAUCUGCUUCUGCUGCCCCGUGGGGCAGGGCUACGGCCUCACCGAGUCUGCUGGGGCUGGCACCAUCACUGAAGUUUGGGACUACACUACAGGACGAGUGGGAGCACCUUUGGUCUGUUGUGAAAUCAAGUUAAUGAACUGGGAAGAAGGUGGGUAUUACAACACUGAUAAACCAUAUCCUAGAGGUGAGAUCCUUAUUGGAGGGCAGAAUGUGACUGUGGGCUACUACAAAAAUGAAGCACGAACCAGAAAAGAUUUCACUGUUGAUGAGAAUGGGCAGAGGUGGCUCCAUACUGGAGACAUUGGAGAGUUUCAUCAUGAUGGAUGUCUAAAAAUUAUUGAUCGCAAAAAGGAUCUUGUAAAACUGCAGGCAGGAGAAUAUGUUUCUCUUGGCAAAGUAGAAGCAGCUCUGAAGAAUCUCCCACUGGUGGAUAAUAUUUGUGCAUAUGCAAGCAGUUUCCAUUCUUAUGUCAUUGGAUUUGUUGUGCCAAAUCAAAAGGAGCUCGCAGAACUAGCCCGAAAAAAAGGAUUUAAAGGAACCUGGGAAGAGAUCUGUAACAGUCCUGAGAUGGAAAAAGAGGUUCUGAAGGUGCUAGCUGAGGCUGCCUUGGCAGCAAAUCUGGAGAAGUUUGAAAUACCAGUGAAGAUCCGUUUGAGCCCUGAUCCUUGGACCCCAGAGACUGGUCUGGUGACAGACGCGUUCAAACUAAAACGCAAAGAGCUCACGGCGUUCUAUCAAACGGACAUUGAUCGAAUGUACGGAAAAAACGUCAAAUAA